AUGCAGCGUUGUCGAAGUCCCGCCGUCGCCGCCACUACUGCCACCGCCACCACCUCCGCGGCUGCCGCCCACCACCACCACCACCACCACCAGCAACACUAUACAGACCUGAGCGACCGCGAUCCAGUAGUCGGAAGUAGCAGCCUCGACGAUGAUCUCUCCUUGUCCAGCGCCGAUGACAAUGAGGGCGCCAUACGAGAAUGUCCGGAAGACGAAGGCAACCCCGGGGUCAGACAAGGCACAGUGACUGUCGCCGUCGCUGGUGCCAGAGGAACAAAUCACGAAGAACGAACGCUUCUGGGAGCAUUGGCCGGAUUCAGUUCAAGUGAACACUGUUCAAGCGGUGUCGUUCUUUCUUCGACGACGAGAUUAUUUUCUGACAAUAACACGAGGCCAUCGGUUGGGCAUACCAAUAUCCAGUAG